UUGAUAUUUUAUUUUCUAGGAGCAUUUCGUUGGCCAUCUGGUACAUACGGGAUACCCAAACCUACAUCCGGGUGUCCCGAGGAUGACGGUUUCCAAUGGAAGGAAGGAUGGAGAUCCCAAGACACAAAUGGAGUAAAUUCAAAGAACUCCAGGUCGCCAGAAUAUCACCUAGAUGGGAAAGUAGACAACACGAAGGUUCAAAGGUCAUUCUGCAUAAAAAACGAUACAACAAAUGAUAGGAACAGACCCUCCUGGCCUCCAGGUUAGUAAUUAUCAAAGGAAGGCAUGUUAUUAGUUUUGUUUGUAAUCCAUUAUUUCUGAUAUAAGUACAAUUGAACCUAUCUUGACUUAAGCGCUCACCCAUGGAGAUAGGUCAGCGGUAUCCAUCAUGGAGGGACAGUUCUGGGUUUCAGAUACUUCUUCACUUUUUCUAAAAUUUAAUAUCAUGAUCACUGUGCGCGUAGGUCAGCCGUUGAUUAAGUACCGAAUUGACCAAUAGCAGCAUAGCGGUAAAUCGAGCACCGGAAGUCGUUUUCAUUUGACUUUGCGUUUAUUUGGCGCUGGUGUUACAGACAUGUGGCAGUUGAAGAUAGGUUCCCGUUAGCAGAAGAUAGACACAGUGGAGUGUUCAGAUCAGGAGUUGUUUCCUUAUAGCAGUGCACAAGACUGUUAGUCCUCUUUCGUUCUUAUUAUGAAGAAACUCUAAGAUCGUUAUGUAAUAUCGAAUUAGAUACCGAGAUGCAUGAAUCUCUUUGUGAAUCUGGUUACGUUAACGUGCUGGGACACUCCAGACUCGUUUUGGAUUUCUACAUCUGGGAAUUGAUGGACAAAUAAGUUAAAACCCUUUAAGUGAUUUAAUUUAUGCUCCCUUAGCCCCAAUCUCUCGGAGUGCAAGAGAAACUAUUAUAUAGCAGUGUAGUUACUAAAUUACCGCCGUAUUCUUUCAACAGGAAAAUACUGCAUUUACAGAAAGAACCAGUGUCCUUUUAAAAUGAAAACGGGCUUUGUCUCCUGGGAUGAUUCUGAUCCAGAUGGCGUAAAUAAAAAGAAUUUCAAUGAUAAAAAUGGGACGCUUCCAGAUGGCGUAUACAACUCCAACACAAGAAUUGAGUUUUGUUGUAGAACAGACGGAAACAAAAAUGAUGCUAUCGUUCUAACCUCUGAAAAACCAUUUUUCCUUCUUGCGUAUGAGUCGCCAAAGUGUCAGAUGGUAAAGUGGGCUACAGUGAGGCCUGAGUGGAUAUAUUACGAUACAGAGGACCAUAGAAACGCAGAUAACCGCAGCGGAGCAUUUCCCUAUGACGCUGGUGUAAAUCAUCCAACUAUAUAUUACUGUUAUUAUCAUGGUAAGUAAAUCUUUCGGGUGGGGAGGUGAGGGGGUGGGGAGGUGAGGGGGGGGGUGGGGUUACUCCCAUAUAUGGGGUAGAUAAGUAUGGCCGCCCGAUAGUGUAUGGUUUUUGAGGGUCUCCAUCCUAAGAUAAGGUUUCAUUUUUGCCCUUGUUGGCGCUGUGUUCUUGGCAUGAUCAUUAGAUAGGGUACCGUUAUUAUAUCAGCUAAAAGGGAUUAAAUGCCUUUGUGCACGACGAAUAAAUCAUCUGUGAAAACUAAACUUUAUCUUAGAGUAUUAGGAAAGCGAUUCAUGGAAGAUUUGCAUGUUUCCAUUAAAUACUUAGUUUCUGUUUUUCCCUUGAAUUGGGUCUUAUUUUCCAGGUUUGGGCCUCAAAUAGAGUAUCAGUUUUCGUUCAUCUCAUGCUUAAAUAAGGGUCAGGGUUUAAGACCCUGGGCGGUACACACCUGUCCGAAAUUAAUGGGAGCACCCCCUGGUGCAAAUUUCGUUUCUACUACUAAUAAACCUCAAAUCGUAAAUGUCUCAUUACCGAUUACCUUCGCGGCUUUUCAGGGAAUUUACAACAAUAUAUGGUUGGGGCACGUUUGCCAAACUGUUUGUGGAGCAGUUUACAGUCAAUGAAGGAACGAGUUAUGAAUGCCCCUUACUAGCUACGAGUGUAAAAUUUAGAUAGAUCACCGGGGACUACGACCCCAGCUUCUUAGAAACAGUGACAACAUUGUGUGAUUGGAAAACCGUCAAUACCGAUGAUAUUUAUCUUAAGAUAUAAUAUUUUGUACUUGACGAAUGUGCGUGGGUAGCCUGUGCAUGUUAAGCAUACAUUUAUCUUGCAGGUUGUAACAAAACUCUAACUGGAUUGAACGGCACUUUUCACUCACCAAACUAUCCAAACAAAUACCCGGAUGGACAAUACUGCUCCUGGAGGAUCACAGUCAGCCCAGCCCAACAAAUCCACUUAACUUUCACAGCCUUCAAUCUGCAAAACGAAAAUAACACGGACGCUUUAUAUGUGUUUGAUGGAGAAAAUUCCACAGGGAAGGUGCUGGGAGUAUUUUAUGGAAGUUACUCUCCCCCAAAAGAGGGAAUAAACUCUUCUUCAAACCACAUGUUCAUAAUAUUCAAGUCAGACAAUAAUGGCUCCUACACCGGCUUCAGUGCCUCUUACAGUGCUGUUAAUUAUUCAGGUAAUGAUCAUGUACCUCUUAUUAAACAACUUCGAGCGUUCUUACUG